AGGAAAAAGAAAAAGAAAAGAAAGCUGAGAAUCAUAGAGAGCCAUGAAGAAUGCACCAACGAACAGCAAGACCAAUAGACACAAACAACAGCAACAACAACAACAACAACAAGGAGUUCCCGUACAAAUGGAAUCAUCGGUUUCCUUGUUAACAACUAUAACCACUCACACCCCAUUCUCCCUUUGCUUUUCCCUAUGCCACCACCACUACCAUCUUCUCUCCCUCUUUAUUUAUAUUUCUCUCUUCUUAUUUUCUUAUUCCCUCUUAGCUGUCUUCUUCUUUUCCCAUUGUAUCUUGUCAAAUUUUUUUUCAUCCUCCACCUCCCCAGAUCAGUUUCUCCUCCAUUCACUUCGGUUCCAGGAACAUGUUUGGAGGCCAUAACAACAAUCCGGUAUUGCCUGUUUUCCUUGAGGAAAAUCGGUUUCAGUACGAAAAUAAUGCACUGCCUCGGCUACAGUUAUUUGGAGAUUGCCCCUUCAACAACAUGGGAAAUGAGAAUACGACUUCUGUGAAUCGGCCAAUUAAAAGAGGCAGAGAGGCAGAACCAACUCUCAGACAACAAAGUCACCACAUAUCUGUGAAUAAUAACCUAUGUCUAGAUGAAGCUGGUCAACCUCGUAGUGUUCUGAAUCCAAACCCUGUGUCGACUGGAUUAAGACUUUCAUAUGAAGAAGAUGAACACAACUCUUCUGUUACCUCUGUAAGUGGAAACGUGACAACUUCCCUCCCUGUUAUGCUGUCUCUGGGUGAUAAUCUAAAGGCGGAAAUUGAUAGGCAGAAAGAAGAGUUUGAUUACUAUGUCAGACUUCAGGAAGACAACAUCUUAAAAGGUGUAAGAGAGUUGAAGCAAAGACAGACAAUUUCUUUUCUAAAUGCUAUAGAAAAAGGAGUAGGCAGAAAAUUGCAGGAAAAGGAGCUUGAAAUAGAGAACAUGAAUCGCAAAAACAAGGAACUAGUUGAGAAAAUAAAACAAGUCAGCAUGGAAGUUCAAUCCUGGCACUAUAGAGCUAAGUACAAUGAGUCUAUUGUAAAUGCUCUGAAGAGCAACUUGAAGCAGGUAAUGGAACAAGGAGCCGUGCAUGGUAAGGAAGGCUGCGGGGAAAGUGAGGUUGAUGAUGCAGCCUCAUACACAAACCAGAACCAUCUGGAUGUCUUGGAUGGUUCUGGAAAUUCAUUCUCCUUGAAGAAGCAGAUUAAUUGCAGAGCUUGCAAAAUUAUGGAAGUUUCUGUCUUGUUAUUGCCUUGUAGACACUUGUGUUUGUGUAAAGAUUGUGAAGGCUUUAUUGAUGUAUGCCCUGUCUGCCAGGUAAUGAAGACUGCAAGUGUUCAAAUAUACAUGUCUUGAGAGUGUACUGGUGUAUGUAAAGGGCAUGUAACUAAGCACUUGCACUUUUCAUUACCUCAAAAUCGAGGAAAUUUGUUCCACCGGAUCAAUAAAUUGUUCCCAGGGAAAUUGCUGAACUUGAAUGAAUGGAGUUGCAGUGAUCUUUCCCAUUCAUUUCUCUCAUAAAUAACCCUCUGGAGGACUCAUCAGGAUUUUGA